UUAUCGUCGAGACGAGACGGGACGACACUAGGAGUGUUUGAGGUGACCGAGUUUCGGAAGUGACAAUUAGAAUUAGAAAGUGAGAUGCCAAUGUUUCCUAAUAUGCCGCUGUGUGCGCCUGUGUCUGUUUAGUUUCCGUUUGUCAAAGCGAUCGAGGAAUGGUCAUCUCCCCCCUUGGCUUCCAAUCGGUUUAGUGUGCGACGAACGGAUAAGUGAUUAAUUGAGAGCAGAGCUGUUAAGUGUAUCGGUUAACUUCUGACCCAGCUUGACGUUGCAGAAGUGUUAAAGGUGAAGAAGAAGAGAGUGAAUUACGCCAACGAAAAUCGUAAAGUGAAAGUGUCGCCGACCGGAUAGGAAUGUGGUUGUGGACGAUGGUGGUGCGUGCGCUAACUUAACAGAACCAUGAAAUGAUCAUAAACUGUCGCCUUCAUCGGCGGACCACCACCACCACCACCACCACCAUCGGAGGGCGGUCAGGACUGCAGCAACGGUGGGAGAAACCGAACCGUCAAGGUCACGACAGCCGGCGUCGGCGAAGACGACGGAACGUGCAGCGCAGGAAGCGGCUGUGGCUGCGACGGUGGCUCCGGGAACAGGCAAGGUGGCCGCUACUAGCAGCUACUCCUGCCGGUAGUCCUGGCGGUUCACCAACCAGCCGUAGUAGGUACCGUAGCUCCCCGCGCUACGCCAUCUCGUGGCCGCACGAUGGCCGCCAUCAUGGCCAGCAGAAGCAAUGUGUCACCAAGAAGCACCUCGAUACUGUUGGCACUCUUGUUGCUAAUCUUUUGCGUGCUGAAGGAAGUGCUGGCCGCCAAAAACUACACACUCAAACCACGGGUAGUCCUGCCGGAAGACUAUGUCAAAGAGGUUCGGCCACCAUCGCGAAAGGGCACCCCGGUCGUGGUAGAGUUCAGUAUAUUCGUGGUAGAUAUCAAUUCCAUAAAUGUCGAGGAUAUGGAUUUUAGAGUAGAUAUGUUCGUGCACCAGAAGUGGGUCGAGUCGCGGCUGGAUCUGCACGACGACAUUUUCGAGGAGGGCGACGAUCACGUGAUACUUCCGCCGGAGUUUUUCGAUAACCUAUGGCAACCGGAUCCGUACUUUCUCAACUCGAAAAUUUCAGAAAUCGCGACACUAACGCACAAGUUCUCCUCGGUGACGCUGUACAAAAACUCGACCGUACGGUAUGCCUGCAUGAUGCACGCCAUCAUCGCCUGCCAGAUGGAGUUUCAGCUUUACCCGAUGGACAUCCAGAUCUGUCCGAUCUACAUCGAGAGCUUCUCCUACCACAACCAGAAGAUACGCCUCAAGUGGGCCGACAAUGGGGUAACGAUUAACCCGGAGCUGAAGCUUCUCCAGUACAACCUCGGACGUCCGCUACAGCUCGAGGAAACGGACGGUUACAUGCCGGAGAAGUAUGGUAACUUCUCCCGGCUUGCGGUGUACUUUCGGUUCGAGCGUCAGAUCGGUCACCAUCUGAUACAGACCUUUGCGCCGUCCUCGCUCGUCGUGAUGCUAUCGUGGUUUAGCUUCUGGCUCGGACUCGAUGCCAUCCCUGGCCGCGUGACACUACUCGUGACGUGCAUGCUAACACUCGUGACCAUGUUCACCGGCAUGCGUGCAGACAUUCCGCCGGUGGCAUACGUGAAGGCACUUGACCUCUGGAUGGCCGGCUGUAUGCUGUUCGUGUUUUCGGCCCUCGGGGAGUUCGUUGUGGUCAAGGUACUCGACGUGCAGUAUCAGUACCAGGUGAACAAGGUUCCGAAGGUACUGCCGAUGCGGAUCAGCGCAAUGGAGAAGGGCCAGUGCGUGGGCACGGUGGCUAACUGGGAGGGAGGGACGGUUAAUGUGCGACCACGGAAGCCCACCCAAACGCCCACCACUCCCGGGCAGGUGUCGCUGCAGGGGAACGGUGGUCCACAGCCACCGCCACCGACGAAGCAACCGACACGGCGGCAGAGCAUCCUGUCCGUCGCCUGGACCGACACCGAUACCGGCAUCGAGAAGAUUAUGUGGCGCGAAAUCGACAAAAUGUCGCGCAUCGUCUUUCCCGGUCUGUUUCUCGUCUUUGUCGUGCUCUACUGGCCCAUACUGAUCUUCAAGACUUCCUAGAGCACGGAAUCGAAGGAGAGGACAGAGGAUAACUUCUGUAGGAGGGACGGAGGGAUAGUAGUGUACUUUCCAUUCGCCAUUUCUGUUUCCCGUUUUUAUCUGGUGCAUUGCCGGGACUGGGAAUCGCUCAAAAACGCUAGGACAUACUAGAGGCGCAUACUAGAAGUGUUGGUGCAAGGGGCGUUGUAAGGGUGUGCAGCCAACGCCGUAUAGGACAGGAAAGGCUUCCCCCGGAGACCACACGAGCUGCUGCUUGCACCUAACCGGAACCGAUUCUAAACUCUGGCACACUAGAUCUAGGGCUACUAUUGCUGCUAACGCAACUACAACUACUAAUAACGGCAACGGCUACUAAGGUGCGUCUAAAACGAGGACAGGGCGAGCUGCUGCUACCCGUAGGGCAAGCGUAGAAGCGGGCGGUGCUAGCUAGGGAGAAAUGCAAUUAAAAUAGCUUUAAUCGAAUUGUGUAAAAUGCGCUUAUUUGUUGUGUAUUUGUAGGAUUAAGUAGUAU